GCAUUAUGUUUACAACGUAGUUAUUAUAGCACGAAAUAUGAGUCUAAAAUGCCAAAUACUUGCAACUAUUAUGUUAAUCACUGAAAUCUUAGUGUACUAAUUGCUCGCUAUAAGCUAGGUUAUUGCGCCCCUAAACCAACGUACUGACAACGCUACCUCCCCGGAACUCAAACUUUAACUCUGGUGGAGAACUGGUGAAUGACAAGUAAAGGCAGAUAUUUUUAUGAACCUGAUACAGAAAGCUGCUAAAGUAAAGAUGUCCGCUGACAACAGGCAUACCGAUGCAUCGUCGUUAUCUACAUUUGUGGAAGGCUUCCAUGAUUUGGAUGCUGUGAAAAAGACUGAAUACAAGAACUUGGGAAGAACUGGUCUUUGCAUUUCUAGUCUCAGUUAUGGGGCUUCUGCUUUGGGUAGUGUUUUCAGAGACACUGAUGAUGAAGAGUCACUAAAAGUGGUUGAGGCUGCUCUGAAAUAUGGGGUCAAUUAUAUUGACACUGCCCCUUGGUAUGGACAUGGCAAGUCUGAGCAGGUUCUCGGCAAGGCUUUGAAGAAUAUUCCCCGGAAUGCGUACUACAUCGCCACUAAGGUUGGAAGAUACAAACCCAACAUUGAAGAGAUGUUUGACUUCAGUGCAGAGCGAGUAUUGAGAAGUGUUGAUGAAAGUCUUGCCAAUCUUGGCUUGCCGUAUGUGGAUAUCAUACAGGUUCAUGACAUGGAGUUUGCACCAUCUCUUGAUAUUAUCAUCAAUGAGACAUUGCCAGCACUGCAGAAAAUCAAGGAGAGUGGUAAGGCUAGGUUUAUUGGGAUAACGGGAUAUCCCCUUCAAAACUUCAGGGUGGUCCUAGAGCGCAGUAAAGUUCCCAUUGAUACCAUACUGACCUACUGCCGAGGCUCCAUCAAUGAUGUAUCCUUGCAAGAUUACAUUCCCUAUUUCAAGAGCAAGGAUGUAGGUAUCAUCAAUGCCUCGCCCAUAUCAAUGGGCUUGUUGACUUCACGAGGACCCCCGUCGUGGCAUCCAGCCACUCCCGAGAUCAAGGAAGCGGCGGCUAGGGCUGCUAAACAUUGCCAGGAAGUUGGUGUAGAUAUUUCCAGCCUUGCCCUGAAGUAUUGCGUCUCCAACCCUGAUGUCCAUACUACCUUAUUCAGCUCUGCAAGCCUGAAAAACGUGGAAAGCAACAUCAAAACAAGUUGGAAUCCAAUGACAGAUUUGGAGAAGUCCACACUUGAUGAAAUCAUGGAAAGUUUCAGACCGGCCUUUUACCCAUGCCUGGUUACUACUACCAAGUACCAAAAUUCAUUGCCUUUUCCAUCCAUUACAAGCCGGAAUCAUACUGCGUUUUUCAACCCGUUGACAACGAAACAUUGGGAAGGCCGUGAGUUGGAGACAUAUAGGAAUGCAUUAAGGGCACAUAAAGAUGGUGGACAAGUUUCCACAGUUACCUUAGGAUGAGGACAUUGAAGCA